CAACAGUCAAGUCAAUGGCUGCUAAUUGUGGCCAUCUAGUCUCUCCCUGGCGACUGCCGCUGUUUUUAUUGCUCCUGCUACCAUGACUAGAGACACACAGUUUCAGCUGCUCUCUUACAGAAUACAGCAGAAAUGUUCGUAACUGUUCUUUAUGGAGACAGUGAAGAGAUGCUGUUUAAUAUCAACUGUAAAGUUCAACUCCUUUUAGAAUGUAUGAAGAACUCUUGUCACUAUGAAAAUGAAGGGGAAAUAGAACUUGCAGAUGGCAGUGGACAAGUAAAGAAUCUUCUGGAGAACCAGCAGUGUUAUGCCAAUGAGCUCCUCAGUGAAAGGGAGACGUGUGUCCUGCUUGCCGUGAAUAGGUCCCCGGACUCCUCAGAUGUCAUAUUUACCCCAUUACUGAAUGAUGAUACCAUUGUAAAUGCCAAAUUUCUAGCAAAGUUGGGAAACUGGGGAGAAUCAAAGUACUCGAGUCGUAAGCUGAAAUCAAAAAAAUCUAACAGAAAAAACACAGUUGUGAUUUCCACUCCUCCGGAAGUGGCAGGAAAACAGAGCACAUCUGUCCGGAAACGAGUGGCUAAAUCGUGAGAAUACAGCUUCAGACCUCCAGAUUGCUGGAGUGGGACAUUUUCUCUCUGCAAAUAUAUAUAUAUAUUAGAUU